AGUUAUUAAUUUUACUUUUAACAAAUUGACUCUGUCAACAAGCAAUAAAAGAUGUUUUUAUUCUACAAAUUGCAAUACAUGUUGAUGCUGCAAGGUGCAUGGUACUGGUGCAUCAGCAUCAGUGAUCAGUAUCAUAACAGUUUCUCCUGUACUGUGUAGUAAAUAUUGUUGGCAUUUCAGAGCCGACACGAUUUAUUAUAAAGUACGGCCAAUUUGUCAUUCCGUUGUUAUGUUCAGGCUGAAAAUUAUCUCUGUCGAAAGUUUAUUCAUUGUUAUCUAACCCCAAUAUUCUCUAGGUAUGGGUGAACCCUCUCCUUCAUUCAGCGAGAUCCUCGAGAAAGGUUACCCCCCAGAAUGGCUCCCCUUCAUCAUAAUCGCAACAGCCAUGACCCUCGCAAUGAUAGUCCUGGACAUUUGGGCAUUUAUCCAACACAAGAAGUACUCCACCAAGUUCCCCAUUCAGUUCAUGUGCACUAUUGGUAUCCUCCAAGUUUACCCUUUCUUCUGCUUUAUGCAGCUCAUUGGUAUGAUAGUACCUAAAUCUCAUGAAGUAACUGUGUUCUUGUCGGAAGGGUUGGAGGCUCUGACGUUUCUCUUCUUCCUACGACUUCUCUUCACUUAUAUGGGAGGGAAGAAAGCUACCAAGUCUACCUUGAAAGGUGCUCACAUGCAUAUUAACGUUCCUCCUCUGUGCUGUUUGGUUUGCUUACCCCAGGUGAAAUUCACUCGGAAGUUCUUCAUUUUCUGUGAAUUUCUGAUCGGCCUGUAUGCAGUGUACUGUCUGGGAGUUGGGUUUCUAGAGUUGAUUAUGAUGCUUGAUGCUGGUGAUGGGUACCCAAACCCAGAUAAGGGUGCUCACGUGAUAUCGGGUACAUUCGGAGCAAUCUAUCACGUUCUCUUGAUAGUUUUACUCUUCUUUGCCAUAUAUGGUCUGUCCGGAAUUUACCACAGCGCAGAGGAGCUACUCGGCCACAGAGGUAUAGUCAAGAAAUUCCUCGUUUACAAGAUCUUUACUCUGCUGGCAAAAUUCCAAGACCUGCUCUUCGGCACUCUGGUUCAUCAUGACGUUAUCACGGAUGAAGACUUCAAAUACAACGAAAUAUGGCCCGCUGGUCUCAGAGUUCGCAAUUGUGUUGCGUUUGCCAUUUGUGUUGAAGCAAUGAUUUCGUUUCCGUUAGCACUGAAAUUCUACAACAUUGCUGACUAUGUUGUCAUUGAAGACAAUGGGACUGAAUUAAAACGGAGCAGUAAAGAAGAUAAUCCAGAUGUAGUGGAAAAUGACGCAGUUGAAGCUUGUUGAAAACACUGAGAAAGUGUGAUUCGAUAAUAUUAAAUUAGAUUUGAGUUUUAAUUCAUGGUAACUUAAAAUUUAACUUUUCACGAUUUAUGUCUAAGUUCAAGGAGUAGUUUCAUUUUGUUCAAUGUGACUCCGCCGUGGUUAUUCAAAUCGAAAAAUUACUUAGUGAAAAUUCAGCAGCUUGAUACAAAUUUUAUUUUUCCUCAAUAUUUUCCUAGAUCAAACUGAUUUUAAAGUGAAUAUAAUUAUGGUCAGAAGUUUCCUACAAUUGAAACAUAAAAGGAGCAGAAGUAUAGUCUGACACUGACAAAACACUAUUUAACAUUUCUUAAUAAUCAAUUAUGAAUUAUGGCUGAUAAUAUUAGAACUCAGUCAUGCAAAGAGAUUGCGCUUGAUUUUACAGAUAAUAUAUCUUUUACUGUCAAGUUUGCUGUUAUGAAAAUAUUACCAAGAUUGAACAAAUAUUACACAUAAUAUUUAUGAGAUUGACUGCACCUUUAAAUCUGAGUAACCAUUUUCACAAUAAUAAUUUAAGAAACUGUUUGUCGGUCAAACCUUGUGCAACACUAAACUGAUUUGACUGUACAUGGUCAUUGGUCAAGAAAAUUUGUUGGUCAACCACAGUUAAGAUCCGACGAGCUAAGAUGAGGGGGGUUGUCCUGUUCAGUACUAGACGAGCUAAGAUGAGGGGGGUUUGUCCUGUUCAGGCGAACACUUAAGUUGAGAAGCUAACCGCUGCAAAGUCUGCUUAUCCUCUUCCUCCAGCACCGCCAUCGUCUCCUCCAUCCUAUACUUCUCCACGUACACCGUGUUCAGAGUUUCUUUCAGAUAUCUGAUUUUCAUGUUCAGGUCCAGGUCAUCAAAGAAAUCCUCCUCCCAAAAAGAAGGGGAGACAACCGGUCUACUGGGUGGGAUAUCUUGUAUCGAAACUUUAUCUUCUCUCAGAGAUGAGUCUAUUUCGUCAAGACUCCUAAAGGUGCUUGAAAGCUCCCCCUUCAAGUAUCUGAAAUCCAGCAUGGUAAGGUCAGGUAACAAUGCUUUCAGUUUAUUAGGAUAAGAGUUCAGAUGGCAGACAGGGUUACUUAUGUUACCAUCUCUCAGAAUCAGCUUCCUUAAAUUGGGAAUUGUCUCCAACAGCUUUAGUGAUUCCAGACUUGAAAGUUCAUUUCCGCUGAUGUUCAGGGAAGAUAGAGUUGGCAUGUACUCUAGACCCUUCAAAGAGGUUAAUUUGUUGUUACUUAGAUCCAAUAGUUGUAGACUUUGCAGUUUGAAAAGCGGUGAUAGGUCCUUGACCCGGUUGUAACCGACGUCUAGAGAUACCAGAUUCUCGCACAUGUAAACACAACCCAGGUUCUCUAUUCCUGUGUUUUUAGCAUGAAUGUGAAUGACGCAAGUAAGAUCAAAGUCCCCCGUCAACCUUUUCACGAAUUGUUCGCUAAGAUAACCGUCUUCAACCAUUUGGUAAUCUUCAGCUUGAUCAUCCCUCGACAUUUCCUGGAUU